UGACGUCACAUGCUGUGGGCUUUUCGCGGGAUUUGAAGGUCUGUCUGACUCAGGAAGGGGAUAAAAGCACUGAAUAGUACACAGACAGAGUCCCAAGAUCCUCCAGUGGAUCUUUGCAGACUGUGAAGGAUGCCCCCGAAGAAAAAGCCCAGGGUGAGUAAAGCUUCUGCAAAUUCAGGCAAAAUCGUCGAUGCCGAGAAAACCUCUGCAGCUGGCGGAAAGAGGAAAGCUGCUGCUCCUGAUGCAAAAACCGGGAAGGUUUCUGAAUCUGCAGGCUCUCCCGUUUUCACCCGCUGGCUCAUGAAGUCUGAGCCCGAGAGCCGCUUUGAAAACGGCGUCGACGUGAAGUUUGGCAUCGAGGAUCUGAAGGCUCUGCCCGAUCAGACCGGCUGCUGGGACGGCGUCCGCAACUACCAGGCUCGUAACUUCAUGAGGCAGAUGAAAGUGGGGCAGCAGGCCUUCUUUUACCACAGCAACUGUAAGGAGCCGGGGAUCGCAGGGAUCAUGACAAUUGUGAAAGAAGCCUACGUGGACCACACUCAGUUUGACAAGAAAGACGUUCACUACGAUGCGAGCAGCACGCCGGACAACCCCAGGUGGAGCAUGGUGGAUGUUCGGUUUCAGAGAAUGAUGAAGCGUUUUGUUCCUCUGUGGGAGUUGAAGGAACACCACCUCCAGCACCGAGCCAACGGAGGACCUCUGAAAGACGUGGCUCUGUUCACCAGGGCCCGGCUCUCUGUUCAGCCUCUCACUCCAGAGGAGUUUGACUUCAUUUUGAGUCUGGAGGACAAAGAGCCACUGUGAAGACUGGGUUCAUGACGCUGUGAAACCAUUCACUGUUUAGAAUAAUAAAUUAGUUUGUUUCGACCAGA